AUGGCAGACGGCCAGAACGACCUUGAAACAGCACAAGGGGCUGUGUUGGUGAAAUCCUGCGAAGUACCGGCCAACAGCCUACCAAUAAAAGGCUAUGACUUCAACGAUGGCGUGGAUUUUGACGGGCUCAUGCGAAGCUAUCUGACCACCGGAUUCCAGGCAUCACAUAUGGCGCGUGCAAUUGAGCAAAUCAAUGACAUGCUGAAGAAACGGGAAGACCUCUCUGAGCUCGAGGAUCCGGCAGAAUGCUUCCCCUACCCGGCCGGCAGGCGGAAGACGGGCUGCACGAUAUUCCUCGGCUACACCAGUAAUUUGGUCAGCUCCGGGCUGCGGGAGAUACUCCGAUUCCUGGCCCAACACAAUCUUAUCGACUGUAUUGUGACAAGUGCGGGCGGUGUUGAAGAAGACUUGAUAAAAUGUCUUAAAAGCUCUUACCUCGGCCAUUUCAAGAUGGACGGCAAGGAAUUACGAUCAAAAGGCCUAAAUCGCGCCGGAAAUGUGUUGAUCCCUAAUGACAACUACUGUGCGUUCGAGGAUUGGCUGAAUCCGAUCCUCGACAAAUGUAUGGAAGAGCAAAUGAACGAUCAGAUCAACUGGACGCCAAGCAAAUUAAUUCACCGAUUGGGCAAAGAAAUCAACAACGAGGAGUCGAUACUCUACUGGGCCGCCCACCACUCGAUUCCCGUUUUUUGUCCCGCGCUGACAGACGGUUCCCUCGGUGAUAUGCUGUAUUUCCAUUCUGUCCGAAACGCGCCUGGGCUACGCUUGGAUAUUGUUGAGGAUGUACGCCAUAUUAAUACGAUGGCCGUGAAGAGCGUCAAAACGGGCGUGCUGAUCCUGGGCGGUGGUGUUGUUAAGCACCACAUCAACAACGCGAAUCUGAUGCGAAAUGGCAGCGACUACACCGUCUAUAUCAACACUGGCCAGGAAUUCGACGGGUCCGACUCUGGUGCAAGCCCGGAUGAAGCUGUGAGCUGGGGAAAGAUCAAGCCUCUGGCCUCUGCCGUCAAAGUCUACGCCGAAGCGACGCUCGUCUUCCCCCUAAUCGUCGCCCAAACCUUUGCAAAGGUUGUCGAGAAGCGCAAGCAGCAGCUG